UUGAUUUCGAAAGUUUACCAUGCUCGUCGUCUAGAUUUGCCAUUGUGUAGCACUAAAGAACAAGACGAUGCCCAAAUCAAAGCGAGACGAAAGGAAAAGCUCUUUAUCGACGGAAUCUCACUUCCUCUCCCGGAAGAAUUGGAAAACUGGGUAAGAGGAAGCCAUAAUUUUCCCGAUAUGACGAUGAACGACAUUGAACUUUACCUGUCAAAAAGUAAUGACAGGAAAUCUGCGAAAGAGGGAAAAAAUCUGUACGAAAACGGACAUGUCUCGGAAGUCGAGUUUAACAAUAUCUCAAACUGUCUUAAAUUUUGUUAUGUACGUGGAAAAGUUGUCCCGCAAACAAGAAUCGGAGAAAAUCCGUACACUGAGUGGGUUUGCCUGAAUACUACUAAUGGAGAUAUACUUAUCGGAGAAUGUGGCUGUCUUGCCGGUUAUGGAGAGAGCUGCAAACAUGUAUCUUCUCUAUUACAUUAUAUAGAAUAUGAGGUAAGAGUGCGAAACACUAAGACCUGUACCUCUAAUCCCCAACAAUGGGGGAGAAAGAGAAGUAAGCGAAAAAAAAUUCAUCAGCCAGAUAAGACUAAAAACAUGAAAGUUAAGAAGACCAGAGCUGGUCUCCAAAUUUCAGAGGAGGCGGAGCGCCUGAAUAGAAGUGCAUUUGAUCCAAGAGCGCCAGGUGACAGGUUUUCAAGCUUUGAAAAUGAAGAUUGGGAGAAAAUAGCUGUGGCAACUACUGGUAAAUGUGCAGUGUUAUGUUUUAUAAAAACUGAUUAUGUACAAGUCAAUAAAAGGAAAAAAGCAGAAUCACUUGACUCUAUCAGUUUUCCACCUACUAUUCCAGAAAUGGUGGAAAAGAUUAAAAAGAAAAUGCCAAAUGCUAGUCUUCAGGAGAAAUGCAUUGCCCUGAAAGAGGAAAUGAAAAUAUCCCAAGGGGAGGCUGAUCUUGUUAGCAAGUUUACAAGAGAACAAUCUGAGGAUCCAAAGUGGAAAGAAUACAGAAUUGGAAGAAUUACUGCCUCAAAGGCGCAUGAUGUAAUUGUAAAGUAUAAUGCAGACAUGACAGUUAAAAAUGAAAUUUCUGCUGAAAAUCUUUGUGCUGAAAUCUGUGGCUACCUUCCUGAGGUUAAGAGCAAAUCGGUUCAGUGGGGCAAACAGACAGAGUCAGUGGCUCGUAAGACAUUUAAUAAAACAAUGAAAGCAACUCAUAAGAACUUUGCAUGUACUGAGUCAGGUCUUGUUAUCUCAGUAAAGUCCCCUUACAUAGCAGCAAGCCCUGAUGGUUACUGUAAGUGCAACUGCUGCCCAGAUACACUAUUUGAAUGCAAAUGCUCUUGGACACACAGAGGCAAAUCUAUACCAGAGUAUGUAAAGGAGAAGGAGUGUUGCUUAUUGACAUCCAGCUCAACAGGAGGGAAUUCUAGUCUCCCAGGAGUUCAACUCAAACAUAACCACAGAUAUUUUACUCAAGUUCAACAUCAG